AUGCUGGCCAGCACACCUGAAGACCCUUCAUCAAGAUACUGUUCCUUUGCGUACCUAACCUUUGGAGUUGAUCAGACCUAUAGCUACUAUCACUGUGGCCCCGAUCCCGGCACCGCUCAUUUCAUGGCGCAGCCGACAGCCGAGAUUCCCGCCACAAGCACGGAUUCAUCCUCCCCGUCCACGCUUCAGGGGCGUCCUUUGUCAUCCGUAGCGGCUGCAACUUCGAGCUCUGGCGUCUCCCUGGCUACAUCCGAGCCAACGGCCAAAUCUAAUCCCACAACGGCAGGGGAUAACACAAACGCCAUUAUUGGCGGCACCAUUGGCGGUAUAGCGCUGGUGUGUGGGUGCGUUAUUGCAGUGGUGUAUCUGAGAAACGUGCGAGCCAAGAAAACCCCAGCGUUGCCGCCGAGUUAUACGAGGGGAGCAUCUCGAGAGGCAGGGACUGCGUCGCUGCCCGUGAAGACGGGCGGCUGGGGACCGAGGGAGCUGCCGGGUCUUGAGGCGAGAAUUUGA